CCCCUCACCUCCCCUUCUCUCGUGCCCCCUCCCACCACCCCCCCUUCCAUCAGCUAUCUGACUCGCAGCAUCAACGAAUCGCAGACGAUGCUCUCGCGGUUUUCUUCUCUUGGCCUUUCGGCGGCGGUGCGCCGUGCGCCCGCGUCCCUGCGCGCCGGGCCCGCCCGGCCGGCCCAACGGGGCCUCGCCUCGGAGGCGGCUCCCCCGCCUCCCCCCCGUGGGAACUCGGAUGCCCGGCAGCGGGCCGCCCGGGAGCAGUACUACUCCUCGCAUCGGCAGGCCAACAUCUCGGCGCUCUACUAUGCCGGCGCCGUGGGUGUGGCUGUCUGUGGCCUGUCCUACGCGGCGGUCCCGCUGUAUCGGAUGUUCUGCGCGGUCACCGGUUUCGGAGGGACGCCAAAGACCGGGCACAAUGCCGCUGCCCCGCCGAAGCCCACUUUUGAUGAGAAUGCCCGUGUUGUGAAGAUCCACUUCACCUCGGAUGCCAGCGACAACCUUCGGUGGCGUUUCAAGCCUGUGCAGGGCACUCUCCACCUGCGUGUGGGCGAGACGGCGCUGGCUUUCUACGAGGCUGAGAACCAAUCUGGACGCGAUGCGGUUGGCAUUGCCACAUACAAUGUCACGCCCAACAAGGCUGCCGAGUACUUCAACAAGAUCCAAUGCUUCUGCUUCGAGUAUCAGCAGCUCCGGGCGGGCGAGCGUGUUGACAUGCCGGUCUUCUUCUACAUUGACCCGGAGUUCGCCAAUGACCCGCGCAUGAAGGACGUCGACACCAUCAUCCUGAGCUACUCCUUCUUCGAGAGCAAGCAGGGGCAGGCGCUGCUCAAGCAGGCGGGCAUUGCCGCAUAAAUAUACCCCGGCUGCGGUUGCCGAUAGACGUACUCCUUGCCAUCCCCCCCCCC